AUGGAAUCCGCUGGAGUUCUUCCUUCUCUAGGUGGAGCUGUACAAAGCAAUGCUAACUUAUUAGAAGAGUCCAAAGAAAUUAGAGUCCUACCAAAGAGUGGUACUUGCAAAUUUGACCAUUCUCACACUAGUGUAGAAACAGAGAUGAUUAUGAUCAAUGAUCCUAAAGAAAUUGAAAAUAUUCGAGUAGAUUUUCGUACAACAGCUGUUGACGAAUCAUCAUACAGAGAUGUUCAGUAUAAGAAGAGGAUGCAGGCUUUGCAAGCUCAGUUUAAGGGAACUGUGCCUGGCAAAGGAUUGAUGUCUAAUAAUGUUAACAAAUGAUACAACAGCUACAUGUGAAGUAAUUACAUAAGCUUCAUUCUGGCUUACUUAGGGAUUGCAUUAUGAGUUAUGGAGAAUGAAUUUUAUAUAAAGGAACCAAAUGAUAAGGAGGAUCGGUAUGCUCUGCUUACAAUAAACUUUGUCAUCAACUUUCUUCUGGCUAUAAACAUCACUUUUGGGUUUAAGCUAUGGGUUCAAUUCACUAAUCUGCUCCAUCCAAUCCUUCAGUUAGGUAUCUCAGAGAGCCAAGAGGAGUUUCAACAGAAGAAUCUUAAGAUGAGACUUCUUGAGAGGCCAAUUUUCUUGUGCUACAUCUCAGAAAUAAUUCUGUGCUUUGUUACUCCUUACCAAUGGAUCUAUGAAGAAGAGUAUAGUUACACCUCUGAAGAUCAAGAAGUGCGAUUUUAUAUCAACACGCUUUUAUUAGCAUUAAUGAUCAUAUUCAGGACUUAUCACCUGAUUAGAGCUUUACUGCAGUUCAGUAUUUUCAUGACAGCAAGAUCUGAAAGGAUGACGAGAAUAUUUUCUCCAGAUAGUAAUUUAGUACAAAGUCAGUUGCAUCCCUACAUAUUUGCAUUCAGGUGAGAAUUCAAAUACAAUUCUUUCAGAGUCAUUGUUAUUUGAUUGACAUACAUAACUCUGAUGUUUGGAAUGAUGUUCAGGCUAGUAGAAGAGCCUUACUCGAUGCAAGUCUCUCAGCCAACUUUUUCGUACCAGAACUCGUUCUGGGUCUGAUUCAUCACAAUGUCAACAGUUGGAUACGGAGAGUUUUACCCAGUGUCUGUUCCUGGGAAAUUAGUAUCUACCUUUUGUGCUUUCAUGGGUGUCUUCCUCCAGGCAUCCUCCGUUAUUGCAAUGUUAAAUCUCUUGGAAAUGACUACUUCUGAGAUCUUCAGUUAUAAGCUUCUCAAAAUUUUGGAGAUGAAGGAAAAGGUCCUGCACAAGGCAACAAGGAUGCUACAAACUGGUUUUAGGAAAAAAUAAGAAUAAAAGCACCAAGAAGAAGGAAAGAAAGCUUGAUAUAAGAUGGCGCAAGAAGUGUAGAGAAUUCAAGAUGACCACCCGAAGUUUAUGGGCGGCUAGAUGAGAGAAUGUAUCCAAGAUGGAUCAAUCAUCGUUUGAUCUUGCUUAUUACAGGAGUCAGCUGUUUAAAUCAGUUGUCCUAAGCAAAUAAACUAAAGGAAUUUGUACUUGCAUCUAACAAGAAAAUGGAAAAACAACCAAAACCAAUUAUAAAAGUCAGAACUCAUAGAUCCAAGAAGAGAGUUUGUUUGGUUGUUGAUAAAGAAGCAGAUAAUCCAAUGUUUCUCACUAAAGAUGAAAGAAGGCCUCCUCCACUUGAGAGAGAAGAGAGUGAGUCUAUCUCUCUCGAGCACCAAAAAACUGCAUCCAUGUCUCAAAUAAAAGAGGAUAGGGCACCUUUUAUUCCUGAAAUCAAGGAGAGAAAGCCUAUUUUCCUUAAAAGGCAGUGAAGAAAGUCUUUCGAACCGAAACCAAUAGACUUAGAGCCGAUUUCUCUUACUGAUAUCAAAUGAGAGUUCUUCUGGCAAAAAAAGUGGGCUAAAAUGCAGGAGGACUUCACACUCAUGGACGAGGAAAAGACCUCUAACCGUCAUAAUAGCUCCAAAGGGAGGAAAGUUAAUUUAACUGAACCAUAA